AUCACUUAAACCCUACGCGCAGCCCCACACAUUCACAUCUCCGACCUUAAACCCUUACUCCAAGCUAAAGAAAUGGCCUCCGUCGCGAUUCUACGCGCUUUCCGCCGCCGUGAAGUCCAAACGGCGUCCGCCUCUGCGUUUAGAUCCAUUGCUUCAAAUGGAAAGACGAAUUUGAUUGGGAAGUUAGGUCACUUGGCGAGGCCUUUCUGCUCGAGGCCUAUUGGGAAUGAUGUUAUCGGUAUUGAUUUGGGAACCACCAAUUCAUGUGUAGCUGUGAUGGAAGGAAAGACACCUAGGGUUAUUGAGAACGCAGAAGGAACAAGAACCACACCAUCAGUGUUUGCUAUUAACCAAAAGGGUGAGCUUCUCGUCGGAACACCAGCUAAACGUCAGGGUGUUACCAACCCAACAGGCACGAUUUCCGGGAGCAAGCGUUUGAUCGGGAGAGGUUAUGGUGAUCCCCAGACGCAGAAGGAGAUGAAGAUGGUUCCUUACAAGAUUGUCAAGGCGCCGAACGGUGACGCUUGGGUUGAAGCCAACGGGCAGAAGUUUUCUCCCAGCCAGAUUGGAGCUAACAUCCUCACCAAAAUGAAGGAGACCGCUGAGUCUUACCUCGGGAAGACCAUCACCAAGGCUGUUGUUACUGUCCCUGCUUACUUCAACGAUGCGCAGAGGCAAGCAACGAAGGAUGCUGGGAAAAUCGCGGGUCUUGAUGUCCAGAGAAUCAUCAACGAGCCUACGGCUGCUGCGUUGUCGUAUGGGAUGAACAACAAGGAGGGUGUGAUUGCUGUCUUCGAUCUUGGAGGUGGAACUUUUGAUGUUUCUAUCCUUGAAAUCUCAAGCGGUGUUUUUGAGGUGAAAGCUACAAAUGGAGAUACCUUUUUGGGAGGAGAAGACUUCGACAACACUUUGUUGGAGUAUUUGGUUUCUGAGUUCAAGAGAUCAGACAACAUUGAUCUGACCAAGGACAAGCUCGCCCUCCAGAGGCUGAGAGAAGCUGCAGAGAAGGCGAAGAUCGAGCUUUCUUCCACGUCUCAGACCGAGAUCAACCUGCCUUUCAUCACCGCUGAUGCUUCUGGAGCGAAGCACUUGAACAUAACCUUGACUAGGUCCAAGUUUGAAGGUUUGGUGGGCAAGUUGAUUGAGAGGACAAGAAGCCCGUGCCAGAACUGUCUGAAGGAUGCUGGAGUCUCGAUUAAGGAAAUCGACGAGGUUCUUCUUGUUGGUGGAAUGACACGUGUUCCCAAAGUGCAAGAUAUAGUCUCUGAGAUCUUUGGAAAGAGCCCUUGCAAAGGUGUUAACCCCGAUGAAGCGGUUGCCAUGGGAGCUGCUAUUCAAGGUGGUAUCCUCCGUGGUGAUGUCAAAGAGUUGCUUCUUUUGGAUGUGACUCCUCUCUCACUAGGUAUCGAAACACUUGGAGGUAUCUUCACUAGGUUGAUCAACCGAAACACCACCAUCCCCACCAAGAAGUCUCAGGUUUUCUCCACAGCUGCAGACAACCAAAUGCAAGUGGGAAUCAAAGUUCUUCAGGGAGAGCGUGAGAUGGCAGCUGACAACAAAAGUCUAGGAGAAUUCGAUCUCGUUGGGAUCCCACCUGCGCCUAGAGGAAUGCCACAGAUCGAAGUUACGUUUGACAUUGAUGCAAACGGUAUCGUGACUGUCUCAGCCAAAGACAAAGCAACGAAUAAAGAGCAACAGAUCACAAUCAGAUCUUCAGGCGGUCUCUCAGACGAUGAGAUCAACAGAAUGGUGAAAGAAGCUGAGCUCAACUCGCACAAGGAUCAAGAGAGGAAGCAGCUUAUCGACCUUAGGAACACAGCUGAUACCACGAUCUACAGUGUUGAGAAGAGCUUGAGCGAGUACAGAGAGAAGAUUCCUGCUGAGAUUGCCUCUGAGAUUGAAACUGCAGUGUCAGACCUCAGGACAGCAAUGGCUGGUGAAGAAAUCGAGGACAUAAAGGCUAAGCUUGAAGCUGCAAACAAGGCAGUGUCGAAGAUUGGAGAACACAUGUCCAAGGGAUCCGGUUCGUCUGGAACCUCUGGUGGUGAAGGUGAAGGUUCAAGCGGGACUGAGCAGACACCUGAAGCUGAAUUCGAAGAGGCGAGCGGUUCAAAGAAGUGAGGUAGCGAACCGGUUCAUACGGUUUGUUUCCAAAUAAGUUGACAUGCAUUAUUAUUUAAUCCCUCACAGAUUUGAUUAUUUUUGUGUAUUUUAAAACGUCUUUGGAGAGAUUAUUCUUGAAAUCUCUGAUACUCAAUGCAUUAUUUCGGAUGUACUUCUUGGUUACUUUGUUUGGUUUCUGGUUUUUAUCAUCUUUAACCGGUUAAACCGGAUUGGAUAAG